AGCAGAAAAAACACAAGAACGAAAUCAGCUCACGAUUAUCAGGCUAGAUUUCGAUCUCCUUGUUUCUGAUUUGAUGUCUUUUCUUCAAAAAAUUUAAAAAUUUUGAAUUUUUAUAUCUACUACACCGCCAGUCGCCAGAGCCAGUUGGUUUAUUCGUGCCGGAAUGGCGGGAAACGACUGGAUAAACAGUUACCUGGAAGCAAUCCUGGACGUUGGUCCAGGAAUCGACGAUGCUAAAUCCUCCUUGUUGUUGAGAGAGAGAGGUAAUUUCAGUCCUACUCGCUACUUCGUGGAAGAGGUCAUUACUGGAUUCGAUGAGACUGAUCUACACCGUUCUUGGGUUCGAGCGGCGGCCACGAGAGGUCCCAAGGAGAGGAACACCAGACUGGAGAACAUGUGCUGGAGGAUCUGGAAUUUGGCUCGGACGAAGAAGAAGCUUGAGGUGGAGGAAGCUCAACGCAAAGCUAAUCGUCGCCUUGAACAUGAAAGAGGCAGGAGGGAGGCAACUGCUGAUAUGUCUGAAGAUCUGUCAGAAGGGGAGAAAGGGGAUUUAGUUGGUGAUGGUUCAGCUCGUGGUGAUAGAAUUAGUAGAAGAAUGCCGAGAAUCAAUUCUGUUGAUAUCAUGGAGAACUUGGCUAAUCAGCUGAAAGAAAAGAAGUUCUAUAUUGUGUUAAUAAGUCUUCAUGGCUUGAUAAGGGGUGAAAGCAUGGAGCUUGGUCGUGAUUCGGACACAGGUGGCCAGGUUAAGUAUGUAGUAGAACUUGCUAGAGCAUUGGGCACAAUGCCAGGAGUUUAUCGGGUUGACUUGUUAACAAGACAAGUGUCAGCUCCAGAUGUGGAUUGGACUUAUGCUGAACCAACAGAGAUGCUUAGUCCAAGAACUACAGAGAACUCGAUGCAGGAGCUUGGUGAGAGCAGUGGUGCUUACAUCAUUCGUAUACCCUUUGGCCCAAAAGAUAAAUAUAUACCUAAAGAAAUGAUUUGGCCUCAUAUUCCUGAGUUUGUUGAUUGUGCACUUAGUCACAUUCGACAGAUGUCCAAAGUUCUGGGGGAGCAAAUUGGUGGUGGAGAACCAGUCUGGCCUGUUGCCAUUCAUGGACAUUACGCAGAUGCUGGUGACUCUGCAGCUCUUUUGUCUGGAGCUUUAAACGUGCCAAUGCUUUUCACUGGCCAUUCGCUGGGUCGGGAUAAGCUAGAACAGCUCUUGAAGCAGGGCCGCCAAUCAAGAGAAGAAAUAAACACCACAUACAAAAUCAUGCGACGGAUAGAGGCUGAGGAGUUAUCUCUUGAUGCAUCUGAAGUUGUUAUAACUAGUACUAGACAGGAGAUAGAAGAGCAAUGGCGCCUUUAUGAUGGCUUUGAUCCAAUAUUGGAGCGCAAACUUAGAGCAAGGAUCAGAAGGGGUGUCAGCUGUCAUGGGAGAUUUAUGCCCCGUAUGGUUGUAAUUCCUCCUGGGAUGGAGUUUCAUCAUAUCGUUCCACAUGAUGGAGACAUGGACGGGGAUGUAGAAAGAAAUGAAGAAAAUUCAACUUCUCCUGAUCCACCAAUUUGGUCUGAGAUAAUGCGAUUCUUUUCAAAUCCACGCAAACCGAUGAUUCUCGCCCUUGCUCGGCCAGACCCUAAAAAGAAUCUUACAACUUUAGUCAAAGCAUUUGGAGAAUGUCGACCUCUGAGGGAGCUUGCUAAUCUUACAUUAAUAAUGGGAAACCGUGACAGUAUUGAUGAAAUGUCUGGUGCAAAUGCAUCUGUGCUUCUCUCCAUCCUUAAACUGAUUGACAAAUAUGAUCUGUAUGGUCAAGUAGCAUAUCCUAAGCACCACAAGCAGUAUGAAGUUCCUGACAUUUACCGUCUUGCAGCAAAAACAAAGGGUGUUUUUAUUAAUCCAGCUUUCAUUGAGCCAUUUGGGCUUACUUUAAUCGAGGCAGCAGCGUACGGUUUGCCUAUUGUUGCCACAAAAAAUGGUGGUCCUGUUGACAUUCAUAGGGUUCUUGACAAUGGUCUACUAGUUGAUCCCCAUGAUCAACAGUCAAUUGCUGAUGCUCUUCUGAAACUUGUUUCAGAUAAGCAUUUGUGGGCAAGAUGCAGACAGAAUGGGCUGAAAAAUAUUCAUCUAUUUUCUUGGCCAGAGCACUGUAAGACUUACUUGUCUCGUAUAGUCAUGUGCAAGCCAAGGCAACCUCGGUGGCAGAGCAGUGAUGUUGGAUUUGAAAAUCUAGAAACAAAUUCACCUGGUGAUUCUUUGAGAGAUAUACAAGAUUUAUCGUUAAACUUGAAGUUUUCACUGGAUGGUGAAAAGAGUGAAGGGACUGGAACUGGAGCUCUUGAUAAUUCUUUUGAUAUUGAUGACUCCGUUGAUAGAAAAAGCAACUUGGAGAAGGCUGAUUUGAAGUUUUCCAAGGGUGCUAUAGGAAGUUUAAUGGAGAAAGCUGGCCAACAUUUUGGUGGUGGUAGGUUUCCAGCAAUGAGGAUGCGGAAAUGCAUUUUUGUGAUAGCUGUGGAUUGCGAUUCAGUCUCAGAUAUUCCAAAAGUAAUUAGGACAAUUAUGGAUGCAGCAGGAAAAGAGAAUCCUAUAGGGUUUAUAUUAUCAACAUCCUUGUCAGUAUCUGAAGUGCACUCUAUUUUGAUAUCAGGAAGCAUAAGCCCCUUGGAUUUUGAUGCUUUUAUCUGUAAUAGUGGUGGUGAUGUGUACUAUCCGUCUUUAAGCUCAGAGGAUGGUCUUGGGCUUCCCUUCACAGUGGACUCAGAUUAUCAAUCGCAUAUUGAAUACCGUUGGGGAGGAGAAGGUUUAAGGAAAACUUUAGUUCGAUGGGCCGCUUCUAUUAAUGACAAAAAUGGACAAACUGUUGAAGAAAACGAGUCACGAUCUACUACCCAUUGCUAUGCAUUCAGAGUGAAGGACCCUGAACUGAUUCCUCCCGUUAAGGAGCUUCGAAAAUUGAUGAGAGUUCAGGCUCUUAGAUGCCACGUUAUCUAUUGUCAAAAUGGCACCACACUGAAUGUAAUCCCAGUUUUGGCCUCUAGAGCUCAAGCUUUAAGGUACCUCUACAUUCGUUGGGGCCUAGAGUUGUCCAAUGUCAUCACCUUCGUGGGAGAAUGUGGAGACACAGACUACGAAGGCUUACUUGGAGGAGUCCAUAAAACUGUUAUAUUGAAGGGAAUUGGCAACGAUGCUCUUAAGCUUCACUCUAACAGAAGCUACCCUCUUGAACACGUACUGCCAUUCAACAGUCCCAACAUAGUUCAAGCCAAAGGAUGUUGCAACGAAGAUGUAAGGGCAUCACUUCAGAAUAUAGGGGUUAUCAAGGAAUAGACAAAAUUACUGCUAUAAUUUGUUUUAGAAUAAAAUAGUGGUCGGAUCUGUGAUGUCUGGCCGUACUACAAAUAAGGUAUGGAUCCUGACUUGCGUAGAAAGCCACCAUUGCCUCAUUUGCCAUACCAAAGUUUAUUUCUUCAGUGUUGGAACAGUAUCUGUUGGUAUACGUUUAGAAUACAAUACAGUCAAAUGAAUGAUUGAACUGCAUGCUUUUUUACUACUGAAAAACAAAUGAAAUGAUUGAGAGAGAGAGACAGCUCUUCAUGUUUAUUUUGAUAAAA